AUGGGUAACCCUAAAUUUAGCACCACCCAUUCACACUCCAUUCACACUCAUCCCUCGAACGUUUCCAGCAGCCCUCAUCCCUCGAACUCUUCUCCUCCGGUAGAAGGUGGUGUCGCCGCCGGCGGGAACAGACCGUGGGUGCCCUCGUCAUCUGGGGAAGCUCUACUUGGCUCUCUUCGCAUCGUUCCUCCUCUUUUCGCCAUCGCACGAAGUUCUGAGUUGAGCUCGUGGCGUCGCCGUCGCAAAGGGUUUCUCCCCUCCUCGCCGUCCAUUGUUUCUGAUUCUCUGCUCCUCGCCGGUAGUAGUUGCUGCGUGUAUUGGCUUUGAUGUUUGUGCAAAGGAGUUGAAGAUUGACCAGCCUUGAAGUUU